CAUUACGCCGCAAAAUGUUUCAUAAACACAAGAAAACUAAACGAAACGGGGAGGGUCCUUACCUGAAGUCGUCCAAUAGAAAAUGGGCUUGCUCUGUUUGUGUCGGUAAACGGUUUCCGUAAUGAAUUCCGCCCCUUGUCCUGUGCUCUUCGGUAGGAUAUGGAAACAUGGCGAGCGUCGAAAUAGCAGCGGAACACGAACGCAUCCUACGGGAGAUAGAAAGCACAGACACGAACUGUAUCGGACCGACACUCCGGUCUGUGUAUGACGGCCAGGAACAUGGCUUGUUUAUGGUGAAGCUGGACGGGAGGAUUCGUAACCAUGACAGAGACAUCGAAAAGAUGUGUAACCACCAUUUCCAAGGCUUCGUUGACUCCAUCACUGAACUACUCAAAGUCAGGGGAGAAGCACAGAAACUCAAGAGUCAGGUGACUGAGACCAACCAACGUCUCCAGGACGAUGGGAAAGGGCUGUUAACCUGUAUGGAUGAGUUGAGACUGUGUCGCCUGCAACAGAGAAACAUCGCCACAUCCAUCGACAAGUUCACACACUGCCUACCAGUGUUGGAGAUGUACAACAAACUACAGGAACAGAUGACUCAAAAAAGGUACUACCCGGCGCUGCGGACUCUAGAGCAGCUGGAACAGACGUGUCUCCCCAGAGCGGGCAAGUACAGGUUCUGUUCCAUCAUGUCUGACAAUAUCCCCAGACUGAGGACCCUCAUCAGAGACACAGCCAUGUCUCAACUCAAAGACUUCCUGGAGUCUAUUCGGAAACACAGCGAAAAGAUAGGAGAGACCGCUAUGAAACAGGCCCAGGUCCAGCGCUCUCUGGACAGCGCUGUGUCACUCCAACAGAGAGCUGCGGUUGGUCGACGGCUGAGGAAGGAGGCGGGACUAGGCGCGGGGACUGACAUUGACGGACAGGGCAGCAGCCCAAUGUCUGAACAAGACUCUGGAGUACUGGAUGUAGAGGAUGAGGAGGAUGAAGAUGAGGUACCAGGCGCCCAGGAGUUGGUAGACUUCUCUCCAGUGUACCGAUGCCUCCACAUCUAUACCGUUCUGGGUUCCCGGGAGCAGUUUGAGAACUACUACAGGAAUCAGAGAAGGAAACAGGCUCGCCUCGUACUGCAACCCCACUCUAACAUGCACGAAAGCUUGGAAGGAUACAGGAGGUACUUCAAUCAAAUAGUAGGGUUCUUUGUGGUGGAGGACCAUAUUCUCCACACUACCCAGGGCUUGGUGAACAGGGCCUAUGUAGAAGAGCUGUGGGAGCUCGCACUGUCCAAGACCAUCGCUGCCCUGCGCACACACUCCUCGUACUGCACUGACCCAGACCUGGUGUUGGACCUGAAGAAUCUCAUUGUGCUGCUGGCAGACACACUGCAGGGCUAUGGGUUCCCAGUGUCUCAGCUGUUUGAUAUGAUGUUUGAGAUGAGAGAGCAGUAUGGAGAGAUAUUACUGAAGAAAUGGAGCCUCACGUUCAGGCAGGUGUUGGAUCAGGAUAACUUUAGUCCCAUCCCCGUGGCGACAGAGGAGGAAUACAGACAGUUCACUUCCCAGUUCCCCUUCCAAGAUCCUGAACUGGACAAGCUUCCCUUCCCUAAGAAGCUUCCGUUCUCUGAGUUUGUUCCACAAGUCUACUCUCAGCUCAAAGAGUUCAUCUACGCCUGCCUCAAGUAUUAUGAAGACCUGCACCUCAGCUCUACAGAGAUCGAUGAUGUCAUCCGUAAGUCCACCAACCUGCUGUUAACCAGAACGCUCAGUAACUGUCUACAGUAUGCAAUGAAGAAGAAGAACGUAGGACUGGCUGAGCUGGUUCAGGUGAUCAUCAACACGACCCAGCUGGAAGCAUCAUGUGUUUACCUGGAGGAGUUCAUCUCCAACAUCACUAAUGUUCCCCCCGAUACCGCCAACGCUACCAAGCUCUACGGGACGUCCACGUUUAAGGAUGCGAGACAUGCAGCAGAAGAGGAGAUCUACACCAAUCUAAAUGCUAAGAUAGACCAGUUCCUUCAGCUGGCAGACUACGAUUGGACAGCAGCCCAGGGGGGCGGGGCUCCGAGCGACUACCUGAGUGACCUCAUCGCCUUCCUCUGUUCCACCUUCUCUGUCUUCACACACCUGCCGGGUAGUGCCAUAGAACACGCUAGACUGCCGGGUAAAGUAGCCCAGACAGCCUGUAUGUCUGCCUGUAAGCAUCUCUCUACCUCUCUGCUCCAGCUACUGCUGGAGACAGACGUCAGACAGGUUUCUAUGGGAGCUCUGCAGCAGUUCAACACAGACGUCAAGGAGUGUGAGAGGUUUGCCAGAGCGGGGCCGGUCCCCGGCUUCCAAGGAGACACGCUGCUGCUCGCCUUCUCUGAUUUGAGACAAUUGUUAGAUCUGUUUACCCAGUGGGACUGGUCUAGCUAUCUAGCUGACUAUGGAAGACCCACCUGCAAAUACCUGAGAGUCAACCCUCACACAGCCCUAGCACUGCUGGAAAAGAUUUCUCGAUUGAUGAAAGACACCAGUCGUAAGAACAACAUGUUUGCUCAGUUCAGGAAGAACGAGAGAGACAAACAGAAACUCAUCGACACCGUGGUCAAACAGCUACGCAACCUCAUCUCCGCCCACCAGACCUGAAUGGAGCAACGCUAUUGGUCAACGAACAUCACCAGACCUGAAUGGAGGGAUCCUAUUAGCCAAGGAACCUCCACCUUGCAAUCCGAUUGGUUACUGCAACCUCAUCUCCGCCCACCAGACCUGAAUGAAAAUAUAUAAUUGGUCAAGUAAUACCACCAGGACUAAAACAAGCCAUCCUAUUGGUUACUGCAACCUCAAUAUCUGCCCACUAGACCUGAAUGGAGAAAUCUCAUUAGCCAAGGAAUCUUAUCUCCGCCCACCAGACCUGAACCCAUACAUCCUAUUGGCCAACGAGCUUCAACCUUACAAUCCUGUUGGCUAAGGAACAUCAGUCUCCGCCCACCAGACCUGAACCCAACCAUCCUAUUGGCCAACGAGCUUCAACCUUGCAAUCCUGUUGGCUAAGGAACAUCAGUCUCCGCCCACCAGACCUGAACCCGACCAUGCUAUUGGUUGAGGAAACAUGAUACACAGCCCCUCUAGCCUCUGUCUCUACCAUGUCUUCCAGUGUUUACCGGUGGAUUUCAUUUUGGGGUUUAUUUGACAUGAAAAUGUUAUAUUUUGUCUCUUAAGUGUCUACGAACACCGUUUUGUACUGUGUCAAAAAGAUUCAAGUCAAAUAAUAGUAUUUGAUGCGCGUGACGAAGUGCUCUAGUCAAGUUAGUGUGUUGAUGCUACUGGAACACAACUUACCACGAGGUUAAUAACUGUUGUUUUGAACAUACUUCUUAACAGUCCCUAUGCAGCCAAGGAGAACGGGGGUGAAUCCUGACCUUUAGAAAGAAAACCCUAAGGAAGGAGAGAGAAAGAUGGAGGAGAGAAGGAUCCUCACUGUUAUAUUUUACUGCUCACCAAGGAAAGCCCUAGUCUUCCACAUGCCUGUGUGUGUGUGUGUGUGUGUGUGUGUGUGUGUGUGUGUGUGUGUGUGUGUGUGUGUGUGUGUGUGUGUGUGUGUGUGUGUGUGUGGAAAUAGAGUAUGCAGAUUUGAAUAAUCAGACAAGUCAGUCAAAGCACAGUGCUCAUUCUGUAGUCCUUAGCAUGUUUGUGCAUCUCAGCGUGUGUGUGUGCCGCAUGCCACCGUACCUAACAUAAAGGGACAUGUAGAUUAAAAGGAAAUUAAAUGUGUGUGUUUUUUUUUUCCGCAGGUGGAGAGUGUUGUGCCUUGUCUUGUUUUUAUACCAGUGGAUGAUGGGGGUUGUGGGAGUUUGCCUUUGUCUGCAUGUGUGUGUGUCUGUCUGUCAGGUUCAGUUAUUUGCUCGUCCAGUCCAGAGUCCUGGUACCAAUGAUUUAUAUGACGGGGGGGGCGCCGUGUUGAAGCCACUGUAUCUAUAUCUUGACACUCCCUCACCGUUGUUAAAAGUAUUUUGGAAGCUAUAUAAAUGAAUGUAUUCAUGUCUACACUAGUUUAUCCUAUUACAGAUAAACAUUUAAAAAUAAUUGUAAAAAAGAAAUACACUGAGAAUAUCAAACAUUAGGAAAACCGUCCUGAUAUUGAGUUGCAGCCGUCCGUCCGUCCGUCCUCAGAACAGCCUCAGUUCGUCGGGGCGUGGACUCCCACAGUUGCCUGGAUGUCCUUUGGGUGGUGAUUCUUGAUACACACAGGAAACUGUUGAGUGUGGGAGAAAAAAAUCCAGCAGCGUUGCAGUUCUUGACACAAACAUGGCACCUACUACCAUACCCCUGUUCAAAGGCACUUUAAAUAUUUUGUCUUGCCCCUUCACCCUCUGAAUGGCACACAAACACAAUCCACGUCUCAAGGCUUAAAAGUCCUUCUUUAAACCGUCUCCUCCUCUUCAUCUACACUGAUCGAAGUGGGUUUAACGAGUGACAUCAAUAAGGGAUCAUAUCUUUCACCUGGUCAGUCGGUCAUGGAAAGAGCCGUUUCUGUUUUGUUUACUCAGUGUAUAUGAAAACAUUUUCCUUAAAGUAUCAUUUUAUGUUACUCUCCCCACUAGAACAACAGCAACAUACUUAAAUACAUGUCAUUUUGUCCUUGAAACGCUGUAGAAUUCCAUUCAUUCCUAUGGAGAGGACUGCUUCUUUUAGGGAGUUCCUAUAUGGCUGACCGGUGGCUUCAUAGCAUCUGCAAUCCGGGGUUUAUAUAAAUCAUUGGUAUGUACCCAGACAUGUUUUGUAUGUUAAACUUUAUUGAUUCGUUUUUCUGAGACAGAAGCACUGUACAGCCUUGUAUUAUUAAAAGCCACUAAUGAUGAUCCUAUGUUACUAAUAAAGAUAUUACAAUUACCAACCAAUACUUAAUAAAACAAACAAACCGACUACUGAA